AUGGGGACAGUGGUAAGAAUUGGGCCCAGGGCCCUGGGCUGGGUGGCCUGUCUGCUCCUGGCAUUCCCUGCUACAGCCACUGGGCCUGAGGUCACUCAGCCUGAAGUGGACACCACCCUGGGCCGUGUGCGAGGCCAGCAAGUGGGCGUGAAGGGCACAGACCGCCUUGUGAAUGUCUUCCUGGGCAUCCCGUUUGCCAAGCCACCUCUGGGGCCUGGCCGAUUCUCAGCCCCGCGCCCAGCGCAGUCCUGGGAGGGUGUGCGGGAUGCCAGCACUGCCCCUGCGAUGUGCCUGCAGGAUCUGGAGAGAAUGGACAACAGCAGAUUUGUGUUGAACGGAAAGCACCAGCACUUCCCUAUUUCAGAGGACUGUCUGAUCCUCAACAUCUAUAGCCCGACUGAGGCCACCGUGGGGGCCAGGCGGCCGGUCAUGGUAUGGAUCCAUGGGGGCUCUCUGGUGGCCGGCGCUGCCACCUCCCAAGACGGGUCAGCCCUGGCAGCCUAUGGGGAUGUGGUAGUGGUCACGGUCCAGUACCGCCUGGGGCUCCUUGGCUUCCUCAGCACUGGAGACGGGCACGCCCCUGGCAACUGGGGCUUCCUAGAUGUGGUGGCUGCUCUGCACUGGGUGCAGGGGAACAUCUCCCCCUUUGGAGGUGACCCCAACUCUGUCACCAUCUUUGGCGGUUCUGCCGGUGCCUGCAUCGUCUCUGCCCUGGUCCUGUCCCCGCUGGCUGCAGGGCUAUUCCACAGAGCCAUAGCCCAGAGUGGAGUCAUCACCAUUCCCGGCUUACAGGCUUCGAACCCAAGGCUCCUGGCUCAAAGCUUCGCGGACUCCAUGGCCUGCAGCUCUACCUCCUCAGCUGAGAUGUUGCAGUGCCUUCGGGAGAAGGCAAACAAGGAGCAGAUCCUUAACAUGAAGUUGAACACUACAGCUACCUACACCAUUGAUGGCACCUUCUUUCCCAAGAGCCCCAGGGAGCUCUUGAGGGAGAGGCAGUUCCAUUCUGUGCCCUUCCUCCUGGGUGUCAACAAUCACGAGUUUGGCUGGCUCAUCCCCAAGGGCUGGGGUUUCCUGGAUAAGAUGGGGCAGAUGAGCCUGGAGGAUAUGCUGGCCAUAUUAAGACCCCACUUGACCAUUCUGGAUAUACCCCCUGAGGUGAUGCCCACCAUCAUAGAUGAAUACCUAGGCGGCAGUUUCGACGCAGAAGCCAGACGUAAUGCCAUCCAGGAACUUUUGGCUGACCUUAUCAUUAUCUUUCCCACCUUGAAUUUCUCAAGAAACCUCCGAGAUUCUGGAGCUCCCGUCUUUUUCUAUGAGUUCCAGCAUCGACCCAGUUCUUUUGCGAAGAUCAAACCAGACUGGGUGAGGGCUGACCAUGGGGCUGAGAUUGCCUUCAUAUUCGGGGGUCCUUUCCUCAUGGAUGAGAGCUCUCUGCUGGCCUUUCCAGAAGCUACACAGGAGGAGAAGCAGCUGAGCCUCACCAUGAUGGCCCAGUGGACCCAAUUUGCCCGGACAGGGGACCCCAAUGGUGAGGGAUUGCCUCCUUGGCCUGCAUUCAAGCAGUUGGAGCAAUACCUGGAGAUCAGCCUGACACCACGAGUUGGCCAGAAGCUAAGAGAAGCCCAAAUGCAGUUCUGGGCAGAGAUACUUUCUGCCAACUUCCGGCAGUGGCAGCAGAAGCAGAAGGGCAGGAAGGCCCAGGAGGAGCUCUGA